AUGGCUCUCGGAGAUCCAUACGGUUCCGGCGACUUGGACGCGUUACACGCAGACCGGAACAGAUCAGAAACGACCAUCUGCUUGCCGUCCCCAUCUCCGGCGAAGCGAGCCUCCACAUAUCUCCCCCAAGCUGGCCCCAAGGUCUUGGAAGAAUCCAACACCGAUCCAUUCUAUCUUGAGCAGUCAUUAGCUGCCACCCCUGUCUGGGAAUCCGACUCUUACUAUCACCCAACUAUUCGCGAUGAUCAAUUCAGUGAAGACCAUAGCCAGUAUUAUACCCUGUCACUGACGAACGAGAAAUCGACACCCGGUCCAGAUCGGUCGACUCUCGUCCAAUUGGAGCGGGAAAACGACCUCAGAUUCCAUCGCUACACCUCCUCGUCCGAAGACAACCAGAGACGCUUGCACAGUAGCCAGCAUUCAUUCAGCUCUGUUCAGACCGAUAGCAGCACGCCGGAUCUGACCCCGAGUAGUUCAUUCUCCUCCACUUAUUCCUCUCCCGCUUGCCCGGACGCAGUCUUGCAAGCGACGCAGAAGCUCUAUCAACACGCACAGCGAGCUAAAUCCGAGCCUCGUCGUGCUUUCUACCUUCCUCCAUCGACCCCUCCUAAGCAUUCUCUGCCUCCUCCUCCCCCUGUGCCUAGCCUUCCCAGAGCUCAGACUCGACCCACCACACCUGUUUCUGAACCCUCUAACGACUCGACCACAACAUACACCAUGAAGUACGAGACAUCCAGCAUGUCCUCUUCCUCCCGAAGGAGGAAGCCUCAUCCUACAUUGCCGAAUCUGUCGCGUGGCACCAGCACCCACAGCUCUCGGAGGAAGCAAUCCAGCCCGGGCACUCGUCCUCCAUUGGACCCUUCCAUGAUUUCGCCUCCGAGCUUGAUUAACCCUGUCACCAUGGAGCCACAUGCAACCCAUUUUGACCAAGCUCUCUUCAUUCCCGCCAACGAAUGCCCGAGUCCAAUCCCUAGCCCUUCGGCCAGCUCUCCCCCAAUCUCUAGACAAUGGACCGCCACAUCUCUGGAACGCCCUUCUACCUCUACGAUGGAUGCUUAUUGUGAGCAAUCUGUUUGGGAGUCGGACUCAGAUAACGAGUCCAUUGGCCACAAGUCACUUUCUCGGAAACCCAUUGAUACCUUGCGGAAGGUUCGCAGCCGAGCGAAGCUGCGUGCUGCGAAAUCCCAACCAAAGCUCCAUCAAGCCAUGUUGGAUGACGAGCUACCUGAGAAGUUCCCUUGCAUGCCUGAAGAUGCCAUGGGACAACCUAUUCCGGAUCUAUACCGUGGUGCCAGUCUCGACCGCCCCAGUACCAGUCGAGAUGGUCUCCGACCUCGCCCUCUCCAAACCCUUCGGCUUGUGGCACCCUCCACUACAUCACUCCUCAAGCCUCGAUCAAGAAACAAUAGCACUGUUCCCGAGGCCGACAUUGAUCGCUCCACUGCUGCCGCAAUCCAAGCUCGCUCUAGACGUCGCCAGCGUUCUGACUCUCCCGAGUAUGUCAACCAUGACAAGGAGAAGCUGACAUCGAUGUGUUAUGAGCAACAAUCACAAGGUACUCUCCCGGAGGUCGAGCCAGAUUCGCGUCCCUUUUUCCGCCGAGUCUUAGACUCUCUACGUGCCUUGAAUUGCCACAAGGCAUCUACCAAGACUAGCCCGACCACAAUUUGA